AUGCAGGUGGAGAAGACUACCAAACCGACACCACAGAAGAAAUACAUUUGCGGAUUCUGUGCCAAAGCAUUCACUCGAUCAGAACAUAAACAACGUCACGAACGAUCUCAUACCAAUGAAAAACCAUUUCAUUGUUUACAAUGCACUAGUUCAUUUGUAAGAAGAGAUUUGUUACAACGUCAUUGUCGUACAGUACAUCAGAGUCAAGAUGCAGUAAAACGUAAAUCCCAAGACCCAAUUACAAUGCCAGCACUACUGCAAGCACCACCAUCUUCAGAACAGCAAAUACCACUACAGCCAACAAUAUCUCAUAGUCGGGAUUUGCUGAAUGAGUCUGAUUUGGCAUCUUUACCACAACAACUGCAACUCCAAUCGGAUUCUUUUCAUGUAUCACCACCAUUAGACUCCACCUCAACGUCAUUACGAAAAAAUUCAAUUCCAUUUGCAUUUGACCCACAAGAUCACUUACCUUUGACAACAAUGACUCCUUCAACCAGCAUCGGUAGUGAGCACAGCCCAUCGAAAAGACGGAAAAAAUCAGAAGCUGGCAGUGGCAGUGGCAGUGUCGGAAAUGGUGUGCUCAGUAUGAGAAGAAAUUCAAGCUUGCCAGUGUCAACUGGAUCCAACGACACAAACCUCAUCAAUUUAUUAUCAAUUUCAAAAAAAUUGGAUUACAUCUUGAAAGCUUCAAAUUUAGGAAUCAACGAAUCGGUUUGUGAUUCUUUUCUUAUUGGAUUCACUACUUUGCAAGAACUUCUGACAAAGUUCCCUAUAUUUGACACUAUAUUGAAGGAAUUGAUGUAUUACUUGAGCACUUUUUUCAUCCCUAGUAGUAAUGGAAGUUCACAAGUGCCAAUUGUCCCACCGCCAAUGACACCGAGCUUGUCGCAACAAAAUCAUUUUAAAAUGGGCAUUAUUUAUUCGGUCAUUUCUCUCGGUUAUAUUAUCAACAAGAAUUCAAUCAAGUCCUUGGUAUUCUUCAAAAAGGCGUGGGUCUUGUUGAUUAAGAAAUUGAUACCACAAUACAACAAUAGUAAUGUUUCGUUGGAUCAAAUUGAAAUUGCCAGCAACUUGUUUUUAUUGUCGUUUAUUUACGUUUCCUACGACAUGGAGAAUUAUGAUAUAAACAAUGACCAGGUGAAUCAGGUUAAUGAUCAAGAUGAAAAUGAUGAACAAAUAUAUCUCAACAACACUGUCAUUUUGGAGUACUUGGAUCAGAUCAGUUUUAUUAUUAUUUCAAAUUUGGCAGAUUUCUCUAAUCCUAAUGACAAACUUAUUGAUGGUAAUAUGCCUUUGUUUUGGUCCAUUUACAUCAUACUAUCGUUUUAUUUCAACGAUAGAAGCCCCAAGAUAUACUCCAGUUUUUUAAACAAGUCAAUAGGGCAGGAGGAUUUAUUAACCACAAUGCAAAAAUUCUCCAAGUCCUACUCUGUUCUUAACGAAGGAGAUGAGUUUUUGAAAAUGAUCAUUGUGGCAACCAUUGGUAAUGAGUUGAAGAGUUAUCGUACACCAACACCUUCCCCAUCUGCUUCAGAAUCGCCCGAUUCCUCAUCCAGUGGUGGUGGUGGUGUUACUACUAAGAUUUAUGGAUCGAAAAAUGUCUUGCACAAUUCCGUCAUUUUGAUUAAUCGAUCAAUUAAUGUUUUUCAACCGUUGCUGGAUUCUACUUCCAAACUGAAACUUUUUGAAUUAUUCCGCAAAAACUUGAUCAUUAAUAGUCCAUUAAAGUAUCGUGAAUUGUUGAGCAACUACAUCUUUCUUCCACAAACAUAUUGUCAUUGGCAGUUACUUCACUUGACAUUGGAUGAAGCCACUAUCAAUUAUGAUCUCAAUGAAACUUUGUAUAAAGCAAUUGACGACCCCAGUCAAUUGAAUUCACUUGAAUAUAAGCUAAAACUAUUUCUCGAUUACAAGAAGAUCAAUUUAGAUGUCAAUAACAAUAUUUCAAUUGUGUCGCUCCCCAUGAUAUUUUUUGCCAACUAUCUCAAUUUGGGUAUAAUUGAUUGUAAAUUAUCCUUUAAUCAAUUGCAGUUGAAAAUUAUUAAGUUGUUUCUUAUACAUUGGUACAUGGUGAUGAAUAAGCUACUAAUUAUGAUUUGGUGUGAUGAUAUCUUACAAUUUGAAGAAAAUUACAUUUUGCAAACAUUUGUCUACAUGUUGUUGGAUAAUAAGCUGGUGUUGUUGAAGAAAUUAAAUAUUGAAGCGCCUCAUAAUAACGCGGGGUAUGAACAAGCAGGUAGAGCUGAUGCAGCAUCCGAGUUUAAAUUCAACAAGAAGUGGUUUUGGAUACUCAAGAUUAAAUUGGAUAAUGUCUUUGAACAAUGGAUGCAUCAUAUAAAGAUCCCAUUCUGGGAUAAUAACUUUGCCGUGGUUAAGAUUCAAAUAACCAAGUGUAUCAACGAACAUAUUGCGUUGGAGGGGUUGAUGUUUAAAGAAGACGAUGAUGGGACUGUAACAUCAAGCAGCGGUGGUGGUGGAGGAGGGCAAUUUGUGUUUAAUAACAGUGGACCAAACUUGACAACUGCAACUACAGGCCAAUCGGGAUCAUCUUUGUCAGCAAGUAUGUUGAGUUCAACGUCGAUGAAUUUUGCCAUUCCAAUGCAACAGCAAGUGUCGUCAAAUUUCAUCAAUUAUGGAACAAUGAAUGAUUUUGUUGGUGGGAGUGGGAGUGUGACUGUGAAUAAACGAUCAAAUUCAGUUUCACUGGUGAUGCUGCUGAAUUUUGGUAAAGAAGUGUCUCAGAUGCAACCAGUGCAGGAAUUUUCGCAACUUCAGCUGCAACUACAGCUGAAUCAGCAGCCACAACAAUUACCAACGGGUGGGCAACAGCCUAUUUUGCUCCAGUCGCAACACCUGCAGAAUCCACAACCUCAACGGCGGGGGAAGCAGGGGCAGGGACAACAGAAAAAUCAACUGCAACAACAUCAACUGCAACAACAUCAACUGCAACUGCAACUGCAGCAACAAGGACAACAACAAGGACAACAAUUUUACAGUUAUUCCACUUAUCCACCGCCACCACCCAUUCUUUCCUCAAUGCCCAAAGAGUUGGUGUUGCCACCCAUCUCAUCCGAACGAAGAAAGGAAAAAUUCGAAGUAACGUACUAA